GCUCCACGUGAGGAGAACAUCCGGGUCCUGAGCCGGGCCGGCGGCAGCGUGAGCGGUGGUGACUGUGCGGCGAGGCGCGGAGCGAUGCCGCGGGCCAAAGGCAAGGCAGCGGCGGCGACGACGACGACCGUCGAGGAGUGGGUGGACGGUGACGAGCCGCCGGCACCCCCGCCGGAAGUCCUGAAAAAAGGUAAAAAAGACAAGAAAGCCAAGAAAUCGUUCUUUGAAGAGCUGGCGGCAGACGAGAAGUCAGUGAAAACAGAAGAGCCAGUUGUCAUAGAGCAGCAGCAACAAAAGAAAAAGCGUGACAAAAAGAAAGAACGAAGCAAGAAGAAGAAGGAUGACGACGAUGGUGACAAUGCUGUGAUUGAGAAGCUAAACAAACUUUCAGUACAGGCCAGUGAUGAGGAUGAGGAGGAGGAGGAGGAGGAUGAAGUGAUAAAACCAGCGCGAGGCUCCAAAAAGUUGGGUGGCAAUGUCUUUGCAGCACUUUGUCUAGAGCAGAGUGAAGAUGAAGAUGAUGAUGAAGAGGAGAAGCAGCAAACCAAGAAGGAGAAAAAUCUGAAAAAUAAGCCUGUGCCUGAGGAAGAUGACAAGAAGCAAAGUAAGAAAAGCAAGAAGAAUGAACGAGGAAAAGCAAAAGAGCAAAAGGUAACAUCAGAAGAUGAGGACGAGGAUAAAGCAAGUAAAAAGAGCAAAAUAACUGAGAAAUCAAAAGCAAGGCAAAGGGCGCUUUCUGACGAUGAUGAAGAUGAGGAUGAAAAGUGGACGAAAAAGGGAAAACAUGCUAAAACAAAAGGAAAGCAAAAGGGUAGCAGUGCCAUUACUGUGAAGCAGACUGAUGGAGGAGGAGGAAUGCAUAAAGAAGAAUCAAAGCCCCAGGGAGGGAAAGGAAAGCCUGCUAAUUCCUUUAGUGCCUUGGAUGUGGAGGAUGAUGAGGAGGAGCUGGACGAGGAUGAAGAAGAGAGUUCUAAGGGCGAAGGAAAAGUUAAGAAUGAAGAUGAUGUGGAUGAAGUGGAGGAGGAAGGAAAGGGAGAAAACAAAAAGGCAGCAGAUGACAAAUAUGCUAAUUUAAGUAAGAAAGAGAAAAAGAAAAUGAAGAAACAGAUGGAAUUUCAACGGCAAGUGGACAUACUAAAAGCUUCAAAUGAUGCGGAGGGUGACUUCUCUGUGUCACAAGCUGAGCAGUCAUCAAGACAAGCAAUGCUGGAGAACGCAUCAGAUAUCAAGCUGGAAAGGUUCAGCAUCUCAGCUCAUGGGAAAGAACUGUUCGUCAAUGCUGACUUGUACAUUGUGGCUGGGAGAAGAUAUGGUCUGGUUGGACCUAACGGCAAGGGUAAGACAACACUGUUGAAACACAUCCAGAAUAGAGUACUGAACAUCCCACCCAACAUUGACGUGCUCCUCUGUGAACAAGAGGUGAAGGCUGAUGACACAGCAGCAGUCGAUGCCGUCCUGAAAGCCGAUACAAAGAGGCUGAAGCUUCUGGAAGAAGAGCGCCAGCUCCAGAGUCUCUUAGAAAAAGGCGAUGACCGCGCUGGUGAAAGACUGCAGAAGGUGUACGAGGAGCUGCGUGCCACGGGUGCUGCUGCUGCGGAAGCUAAAGCCCGCCGAAUCCUGGCAGGUUUGGGUUUCACUCCCGAGAUGCAGAACCGGCCCACCAAGAAAUUCUCUGGAGGCUGGAGAAUGCGUGUCUCUCUGGCUAGAGCCUUGUUUAUGGAGCCAACGUUACUGAUGUUGGAUGAGCCCACAAACCAUCUGGACCUUAAUGCGGUCAUCUGGCUUAACAACUAUCUGCAAACCUGGAAGAAGACGCUGCUCAUUGUGUCCCACGACCAAGGUUUCCUGGAUGAUGUCUGCACAGAUAUCAUUCACCUGGACAUGCAGAAGCUCUUUUACUACAGAGGGAACUACAAUACCUUUAAGAAGAUGUACCAGCAGAAACAAAAGGAACAGCUGAAACUCUAUGAGAAACAAGAGAAAAGGCUUAAAGAUCUGAAGGCAGGCGGCAAAUCGACCAAGCAGGCAGAAAAACAAACCAGGGAGGCACUAACACGCAAGCAGCAGAAAUGCCGGAAAAAGAACACAGACGAGGAGUCAAAUGAAGCUCCUGAGCUUCUGAAAAGACCCCGGGAGUAUACAGUGAAGUUUACAUUCCCAAAUCCGCCUCCGCUGAGUCCCCCUAUCCUAGGACUUCAUGCUGUAGAUUUUGCAUAUGAAAACCAGAAGCCAAUUUUCAAGAACCUGGACUUUGGUAUUGACAUGGAUUCCAGGAUUUGUAUCGUGGGACCCAAUGGAGUUGGGAAGAGUACGCUGCUGCUGCUGCUCAGCGGAAAGUUGACCCCUACCAUGGGUGAACAGAGAAAAAAUCACAGGCUGAAAAUAGGAUUCUUCAACCAGCAGUAUGCAGACCAGCUCAACAUGGAGGAGACAGCAACGGAGUACCUCAUGAGGAAUUUCAACCUACCGUACCAGGACGGGCGGAAAUGUCUUGGACGCUUUGGCCUGGAGAGCCAUGCCCACACCAUCCAGAUCAGCAAGCUCUCUGGUGGUCAAAAAGCGAGAGUGGUGUUUGCAGAACUGGCCUGUCGACAGCCUGACGUCCUGAUUCUGGAUGAACCUACAAACAAUCUGGACAUAGAAUCCAUUGAUGCUUUGGCUGAUGCAAUUAAUGUCUACAAAGGAGCUGUCAUAAUUGUGAGCCACGACGCCCGGCUAAUCACCGAGACCAAUUGUCAGCUGUGGGUGGUGGAGGAGCAGACCAUCAACCAGAUUGAUGGUGACUUUGACGACUACAAGCGCGAGGUGCUGGAAGCACUGGGAGAGACCAUUAACCGCAAGCACCAGAAGGACUGAGCCUGCGGUGC